AUGUUUAUCUCCAAUAAUGGAGUUCUUGUACCCUUUGUUGUGUUCUUGGUUUCAACUUCUGUGUUUUCACCAACAUGGGUUGUGUUUGGGGAGCAGAGCAGCUUCAAGAGACCCGAUCCUUUGCGCCACUUAAAGUCUUACAAUGGAGGCUACGAUUUGAAAAACAAGCAUUACUGGGCUUCUGCGGCAUUUACAGGAGUGCAUGGAUAUGUAAUUGCGGCAGUUUGGUUGAUAUGUGGGCUUGUAUUUAUGAUUUGCAUAGCCUUCUUGAAGAAUUCCAGCAUUAGGAGUUCUUGCCCCAUUAAAGACUUCUUGGACCGUCACUUCAUCUUCAUCUUCAUGCUCGCCCUUCUCUUUACAAUUCUAGCCAUAGUUGCAUCAAGUUUGGCGCUGGCAGAAAACCAAAGAUCUAUGAAGACAACGGAUAAAUUGAAGGGAGCCAUAUUGAGCCAGGCUCAAAAUGCUCGGAGAACCAUCAGAAAAGUAACAAACGCAAUGCGACAUAUGCAAUACCUUUUGCUGCCUUAUGAUCCAGCCUUGGUUAUGAGCUUUAACGUGACAUCCCGCCAACUUGGAAAAGACUCACAAAAUAUUCAACUAUUUUUGGACAAAAAUGGGCGUACAAUUGAUCGAGUUCUUCAAACCCCAUACGUGGUACAUCUUGUGGUUGUAGCUGUAAACUUGGUGUUGUUGGUUUCAGCAUUAGUUCUCCUCUUGCUGCAUUGGUACCCAGGACUUGUUGUUGUAAUCUUUCUUUGCUGGAUAUUAACAACUCUAAUUUGGGUUUUGACUGGCUUCGAUUUCUUCCUUCACAAUUUUGCAAAAGAUACAUGUUCAGCUUUGGAAGAUUUUCAACAAAACAGCCACAACAGUAGUCUAAGCUCGAUCCUACCAUGCUUAGAUCCUGAGCGCUCAGAGAAGCUGAUGGGUCAAAUUGGCUACACUAUACACAGUUUCAUAAAUCAGUUGAAUUCUAAAGUAACAGAAAUUGCCAAUUCGCUUGGAAUAGACGAGCAAAAUGAUGAUUUGGUUGGACUUCUGCGUAUAUGCAAUCCUUUCUCCGGGCCACCUAACUACAGCUACAUACCCAGUAGUUGCUCAGAUGCCAUCCCAGUUGGAAAAUUACCAGAAGCCAUUUCAGGAAUCACUUGUUACCUAAACGACAUGGAAACAUGCAGAAAAAAUGGAAAACUGAUCUCCCGAGCCUCCUACAACAUGGCCUGGGCUUACAGCCACUCUGUCCAAGAUUUUCUAGACAUAUAUCCAACUUUGCUGAGCUUAUCAGAAUGCUCCUUCGUCAAGGAUGGAAUUUCCGAUGUGGUUUCACAACAUUGCAGGCCAUUUAAGACUGCAUUGAGAUUGCUAUGGGCCUCCAUGCUAUCCCUAGCCAUUUUCAUGGUAUUUUUAGUUGCAGUUUUGGUGACAAAGGUUUUUCAAGAUAGGGGAAGAAGCUUCACGAAGUUUGCCAUCACCCCUUGCCUGCCACCAUAGGAGAAAGUUAUAAUUCAAUUGGGAAAAAACAAACAAACAAACAAACAAAUAGGAAUAUAUACUUUUUCUUUUCUUUAUAUUCAAUU